AGGAUUUUAUUUAUUCAUGAGAGACACACAGAGAGAGGCAGAGACAGAGGCAGAGGGCGAAGCAGACUCCAUGCAGGGAGCCCGAUGUGGGACUCGAUCCGGGACUCCAAGAUCACCUUCUGAGCCAAAGGCAGAUGCUUAACCGCUGAGCCACCCAGGCGUCCCUAAAUAAAUAAAAUCUUAAAAAAAACCCUUUUCAUCUGUUUUUUAAUUUCUAAAUUUUAUAGAAGAUUGCUCUUUAGAAUUUUUGACCUUGAAAUCCUAAGCUAAUACAUGACUGAUCAAAUUAUUUAAUUUCUUGGGCCCUCAGUUUUUCCUGGCAGACACAGGCAGAGGGAGAAGCAGGCUCCCUGCAGGAAGCCUGAUGUGGGACUUGAUCCCAGGUCUCCAGGAUCAUGCCCCAGGCCAAAGGCAGGCGCUAAACCGCUGAGCCACCCCUGACUGCCCUAAAUUGGUGAUUCUUAAAUAACUUUCUCAUUGUUAGAGAGUUGUUAUUACUAACACAGGAAAUUGGCAUCCUUCUUCCGAAUUGUAGGAAGAUAACAUUAAUGCAUGGAAUGUCUACUCCCUUAGAUUCCAACCCAUAAUUCUUUUUAAACUUUAAAGUCUGUGCCUUUUGUUUUUAUUAGUAUCUAAUAGAGCACAUUAAUCAUAUAUUUGGUUUUUAAAAUGUAAUGUAUCUAACUUAUGGUAGUGAGGAAGAGAGAUCAUGAUAUUCAGGUUCUUUAUUUUUUGAAAACCUCUAGGUGAUGUUUCUCUAGGAUUUUUUCAAUCUGUAACAUUUUAUGAUUCUUUAUACUAGUUAAAUGCAAAGCACAAAUGAAAUCAUCAAGGUAAUCUAAAAAUAAAAACAUCUGGAACUUAUAUGGUACUGGUAACAAUUAUAUAUUUAUAUCUCUCUCAAGAAUGUCUUCCAUUUUGGUUACUAUGGGACAGUAAAAUCAAAAAGCCAAAGGAAUCUAUUUUUUUUGUUAUAUUAGAUUGUAAUGAUAAUGAUUAUAUUAUAAAGACUUAUUUUUAAAAUGGAGAGGUUGGAGGUUAAGAGUUGAUGCCCAGGGAUCCCUGGGUUCUAUGUCUUGAAGGAAGGAAUAUAAAAGAAUUUUCAGGGAUGCCUUGGUGGCUCAGUCGGUUAAGCAUGUCUCUCAAUUUCGACUCAGGUUACGAUCUCAGGAUUGUGAGAUCGAGGCCCAUGUUGAGCUCCACAUCGAGCGUGGAGCCUGCUUCAAAUUUUCUCUCUCCCUCUCCUCCUGCCCUUGCCCUGCUUGCUCACUCUCUACAAAAAAAAAAGAAAAAAAGAAAAAAAAUAAUUUUCAGAUGAGAAAAUGGACAGGUACUAAAUGCAUUAUAAUUAAUAGAAAGGUCUUGUUGCUUUGGUGCUUCAGUGGUGUUUGAGGUUGAGGGCUCUGGAGUUAGUACUUGAGUUCAGAUCCUGGACCAGCCUUCCAUGAACUGUAUGACCUCAGUCAAGGAACCUUAGAUUGCACAUGUGUAAAAUGAGGACAACGGUAAUAUGUAUUUCACAGGAACAUGGAGAGGACCAUGUGAAAAAAGUGAAGGUAAAGCAUGCCGCAUAGCGGCUUUUGUUUCAGGAAGAGGUAGCUAUUUAUUUAUUUUUUGCCCUCGUAGGACAUAGCUGGGAUUUUGAUGUAGGAGAGACCUUUGUGUAAUGUCAUUAGUAGAGUGUGAAUUUCUGUCAAGUGUCUACCAUGAUAAGCUAUCCUUACUCAGUUUUUUAUUCUGCUUAUUAACGCCUGCUUACUCUUGAAGACUUGAGAAAUGCAGAGGAGUGUGCACACGUGCAUACAGUAUAUUACGUACACCUGUUCACAUGUCCUACAGAGUUUGAAUCAUGGUGGUGGUAGAAAUACAUAUCCAAAACUUGGCACGUGUGUAUUUUUACUAUCUUACUGUGCUGUUAAAGAUUCUUCAAACUCUUUUUAAGGGAACAACCCAUUGAGUGUCUUACUUCCUCAGGCAAGGUCCAUUGAGUGUCUUACUUCCUCAGGCAAGGUCCAGGAAAUGACACUCCUGGGGUCAGUGUGUGAACCUUUCAGGUUCUGGAUGUAUAGUGCAGGCUGCUUUCCCGGAAGUCUGUACCGGGCCAUACCUCCAGCCGCCGCCGCCGCCCGCCGCCGCCGCCGCCGCCCCUUCCUUACUCGCUGUUUCCAAUGCGGUGUUUUUGGUUUCUCGGAAGUGCCGGCGGCUCUUGGAAGCCUGGUCUCGGUAGCAAGGCAGGGCCGCACAGAGCCCAGGGAGCGGUGUUCUUGCAAGAGCUGCACACUCACAGGGAUGUCCUCGGCCUUUCUGAAGCCAUGGUCCCACGCCCGUACACGGUGCGGCUCCUCUUCUGGCGCUCAGAGGGCAAGGCGGGGGAAUACGUGGGAUCAGCGUGUGGAAGAGUCAGAUUCUCACGUACCACGGACCUGUCAGGAUCUGUCUCAAGAGGCCAGUUGCGAGGUGGAAGUUCCGCAUCAGGCUGCACAUCGAGUCGCGCGCUGCGUGUUCCUUCUUGGGCCACGUUACCUGUUGCCUCCGGAAAAGAUGAGCUGCUCUUCCUUUGUAAGGGAGCGAAAAGCUCCUGCCUGACGGUGGAGAUUCCGGUUUCGGUGGAAGCAUCAGUUCAUAGCAGUAAUGCACACUGUACAGAUAAGACAAUUGAAGCUGCUGAAGCCCUGCUUCAUAUGGAAUCUCCUACCUGCUUGAGGGAUUCAAGAAGUCCUGUGGAAGUGUUUGUCCCUCCUUGUGUAUCAACUCCAGAAUUUAUCCAUGCUGCUAUGAGGCCAGAUGUCAUUACAGAAACCGUAGUGGAGGUGUCAACUGAAGAAUCUGAACCAAUGGAUACCUCUCCUAUUCCUACAUCACCAGAUAGCCAUGAACCAAUGAAAAAGAAAAAAGCUCAAAGGGCCUCGCAGAUUAUCAGAUCCUCUGCAAUAGUUGGCCGUAAACCAAAGACCCAGCAAUCACCAAUUUCCAAUGGGUCUCCUGAGUUAGGUAUAAAGAAGAAACCCAGAGAAGGAAAAGGAAACACAACCUAUCUGUGGGAGUUUCUUUUAGAUCUACUCCAGGAUAAAAAUACUUGUCCUCGGUAUAUUAAGUGGACCCAGAGAGAAAAAGGCAUAUUCAAGCUUGUGGAUUCAAAGGCUGUCUCUAAACUUUGGGGAAAGCAUAAGAACAAGCCAGAUAUGAACUAUGAAACUAUGGGACGAGCUCUGAGGUAUUAUUACCAAAGGGGUAUUCUUGCAAAGGUCGAAGGACAGAGGCUUGUCUAUCAGUUCAAGGAUAUGCCCAAAAACAUAGUGGUCAUAGAUGAUGACAAAAGUGAAACUUGUAAUGAAGAUUUAGCAGCAGCUACUGAUGAAAAGUCAUUAGAACGAGUAUCACUGUCUGCAGAGAGUCUCCUGAAAGCAGCUUCUGUUCGUGGUGGCAAAAACUCAUCUCUAAACUGCUCCAGAGCAGAGAAAGGUGUAGCUAGAGUUGUGAAUAUCACUUCCCCUGGUCAUGAUACUCCAUCCAGGUGUCCUACUACCACCGCAUCUGUGUCAGCAACAACAGCUCCAAGGACAGUUCGUGUGGCAAUGCAAGUACCUGUUGUAAUGACAUCGUUGGGUCAGAAAAUCUCGACUGUGGCAGUUCAGUCAGUUAAUGCAGGUGCACCAUUGAUAACCAGCACUAGUCCCACAACAGCAACCUCUCCAAAGGUAGUUAUUCAGACAAUCCCUACUGUGAUGCCAGCCUCUUCUGAAAAUGGAGACAAAAUCACCAUGCAGCCUGCCAAAAUUAUCACCAUCCCAGCUACACAACUUGCACAGUGUCAACUGCAGACAAAGUCAAAUCUGACUGGGUCAGGAAGCAUUAACAUUGUCGGAACCCCGCUGGCUGUGAGAGCACUUACCCCUGUUUCAAUAGCCCACGGUACACCUGUAAUGAGACUAUCAGUGCCUACCCAACAGGCAUCUGGCCAGACUCCCCCGCGAGUUAUCAGUGCGGUCAUAAAAGGGCCAGAGGUAAAAUCAGAAGCGGUGGCAAAAAAGCAAGAACAUGACGUGAAAACUUUGCAGCUGGUACAAGAAGAAAAACCGGCAGAUGGAAAUAAGACAGUGACCCACGUAGUGGUUGUCAGUGCGCCUUCAGCUAUUGCCCUUCCUGUAACUAUGAAAACGGAAGGACUGGUGACAUGUGAGAAAUGAAAGAGCAGCUCUGCUGUGGGCUUUAGACUGUUAGUGGGAGUACUAACAAAUGUUCCCAAGGGAGGUCAUCAAGAAAAGUCAAAAGACUUUAAAACAUUUUUAAUGCAUAUAAGAAAACAAUCAGACUUACUGGAAAUAAAUUACCUAUCCCAUGUUUCAGUGGGAAAUGAACGUACAUACGGAGAUGCUGACAGAAAACUGCCUCUUACAGUAGGAAACAACUGAAUCCUGUCGACGAGGAGGAGGAGGAGGAUUGAAAGGGACCAAGCAACUCACUACAAUAGCAAGUUACACUAAGACUUGGAACACUAACAUUCUGUAAGAGGUUCUAUAGUUUUCAGCGGGGAGGGGUUGGGAUGGGUGAUCUCGUUGUUACAUAUAGCAAUUUUUGAUGCAUUUUAUAUGCAUACCAGCAAUUAUUACUGUGUUCACACAGAACUCACUUAACUGGUGCUAUGUGAAGACUGCUAAUAUAGGUAUUUUAGAAUGUGAAUUGAAAAUGGAUCCAAAAGCUUUUCAGAAAGAGGAUAGCAAAAAAGAUCUAGUGCGAUUUUUUUUUAUAUCAUAUAGCUUAAGCUGAUUUAAAACAAAGGCCUUAGACUAAUUUUCAGUUUUCUUUAUUGAAAUAAGCUAAUGGCUUGUUUGUGUAAAGCUUUUUUAUUAAAAGAAAAAAAUUUAAAAAUCUUGUACCUAGCACAGUAUUGUUAUAGAAUUUACAUGUAACAUUUUAUAUGGUAGUUUUAAGUCUGUCAGUUUCUUAAUUGUGGACAAAUUAACAGUUGGCUCUGGCCUUUUGCUGUAACCUGCCUGUGUCACUCACUUAGCCCUGGCAUCUGUGCAGACAUAUCAGUUUCAGUUCUUCUGUCACUUGGACGUUCAGGCUCAGCAUGAAUUUUUGUCAGGUAGCUCUAAUACCUGGUGUUUUCGUUUUUUGUUUUCCUUCCUUUUUUUUUUUUUUUUAGUUGAAGUUUAAGAGGGAAAGUACCAGUGUUCAGAUUUGAACUAUAAUAGUUUGUAUAUUCAACAUUUGAAGUAUAUUCUAUUUUGUUGUACUCUUGUUUCAAAGUGUAUUCAAGUAGGUUUUCUGAAAUAUAGAAACGAAAUUUAUGUUGUGUUUUGGUCUCUGGUAUUUAUAACAAUACUCAAAAGUAGUAUAGAGACACCGUUUUAGUUAAGAAGUCUUAUUUCUCCUUCCCUACUGUGUGAAGAAAUUUUCCUUCUGUUUUGUUCCAUUACAUCAAUAUCUGGCAAAUAUCUGCAUGUUGCCACUUAUUUUCUAUCAUGAACUAUAAUGUUCUAUUUACCAUAAUGAGUUUAUUAUUUUAAUGUUGGCCACACUUAAAGAAUUUGUAUUUCAAAUCAGACCAGUUACUUCUCGACCAGACCUUUGGAGGGUUAAGAAGAUCAAGUAAUACCCUAGCCCUUUUACAAACUUAGCAGAUGGAGGUACCGGAGGGAUUACAUGAACUUCCUAAUUUCACACCAAAUUAGGGCCUGUGACUCUACAUCUUAAUGCUCUUUCUACUACAAAGAAAAGUCGUCUAUUUUUACAUCUUUUAGAAAUUAAAUAAACUGAUACUUAAUGUUU